AUGGGAACCGUGAUUUGGAAGGUGGCACUAGACGGCAGUGGUGACUUCAAGACGGUGCAGGAAGCCAUUGAUGCCGUUCCUUUGGGCAACACCUGCCGGACCCUCAUUCGGGUUUCUCCGGGUAUUUACCAACAGCCACUCUACGUUCCCAAAACCAAGAAUUUCAUUACCCUUGCUGGGUUGAGGCCUGAAAUCACUGUUCUUACCUGGAAUAAUACUGCUACUAAAAUCGACCAUCACCAGGCAUCCCGGGUUAUUGGAACCGGGACCUUUGGAUGUGGAAGUACUAUUGUGGAAGGAGAGGAUUUUAUUGCUGAAAAUAUCACCUUUGAGAACUCUGCACCUAAAGGUUCGGGUCAAGCUGUGGCAAUUCGAGUGACGGCUGAUCGCUGUGCAUUCUACAAUUGCAGAUUCCUGGGAUGGCAGGAUACGUUGUAUUUGCAUUAUGGUAGACAAUAUUUGAAGGAUUGCUAUAUUGAAGGUAGUGUGGACUUUAUUUUUGGAAAUAGCACGGCUCUUUUGGAGCAUUGUCAUAUCCACUGCAAGUCAGCUGGAUUUAUAACAGCACAGAGCCGAAAAUCCUCCCAAGAGACAACUGGCUACAUAUUCCUAAGAUGUGUGAUUACUGGUAAUGGUGAGACAUCAUACGCGUGUCUUGGACGACCUUGGGGACCAUUUGGUAGGGUUGUGUAUGCUUACACUUUCAUGGAUGCCUGUGUCAAACAUUGUGGUUGGGAUAACUGGGGCAAGACAGAAAAUGAAAGAAGUGCCUGCUUUUAUGAGUACAGGUGUUAUGGGCCAGGGAGUUGCCCCUCGAAACGAGUGACCUGGGCCAGGGAGCUGUUGGAUGAUGAAGUUGAACAAUUUUUGAUGCACAGCUUCAUAGAUUCAGAUCCAGAGAGGCCUUGGCUGGCUCAAAGAAUGGCCCUAAGGAUACCGUAUUCUGCUUAA